AUGUCUUUUCAACGUGUACCCAAGCUGCAUGACGAAGUGUCGGCGCUUCGUUGGUUAUUUCCGUCCCAGUACGAGCGCGAUUGGUUCAUUACUUGGGAGCCAAAUUUCUGCAAGGAGUCACUACCCAUGGCUGUCAUGCUUUGUGUUGUGUACUGUGCCAUGUGCUUUCUCGGACGUCGCAUCAUGCGUGAUAUUAAACCAUUCGAUCUCAAAGUUCCGCUGGCCCUCUGGAAUCUCGGGCUGGCCACUUUUAGCGCUAUCGGUGCAAGCCGGACAGUACCAUUUCUGAUUAACACAGUUUACCGCCGCGGUGUUUACCAUUCAGUAUGCGCACCACCGACUCCACACUAUGGCCACGGCCCUGUGGCGCUAUGGGUGAUGCUUUUCAUCUUCUCCAAGGUUCCUGAGCUCCUAGAUACUGCUUUUAUUGUCUUGCGGAAGAAGCCGCUCAUUUUUCUGCAUUGGUACCAUCACGUGACUGUGUUGCUCUUUUGCUGGCAUGCCUUUGGCACACGCUCGGCUAGUGGUAUCUAUUUCGUGGCCAUGAACUACUCGGUGCAUGCUAUCAUGUAUUUUUACUAUUUUCUCACGGCAUGCGGCUACCGACCGCGUUGGGCGCGGCUUGUGACAAUUUUCCAGCUGAGUCAGAUGGGCAUUGGCGUUGCUGUGUGCGGUCUUAACGUCUACUACAUGAAGCAGGGAGUCGCAUGCAGUGUGGACCCCGAGAAUCUCAAGUGGGCCAUCAUCAUGUACUCGAGCUACUUUGCGCUUUUUCUUAAAUUCUUCAUUGAGCGCUACUUGUUCAGUACUAAAAAGCCAGCUACCAUAGUAGCGAAAAAGACUCAAUAA